AUGCCGGACGUUGCGUAUGAAGAAGAAUUUGGCAUAUCUGCAUCUGAUGUGAAGAAAUUGGUCGACGCCGGCUAUUAUACGAUCGAAUCGGUGGCCUAUACGCCCAAAAAGCAACUUUUGACUGUCAAAGGAAUUUCAGAGGCAAAGGCAGACAAGUUUCUUCAAGAAGCCGCAAAGCUUGUUCCGAUGGGGUUUUCCACGGCAACAGAGUACCACCAACGGCGGUCUGAAAUCAUCACAGUCACAACCGGGUCCUCUGAGCUUGAUAAGCUCCUAGGAGGCGGUCUUGAAACCGGAUCGAUCACCGAGAUUUUCGGAGAAUUUAGAACAGGAAAGACACAAAUAUGCCAUACACUUGCAGUCACUUGUCAGGUAGCAGACAUGCACAUAACAGCUAGCUAUCGGUGGAUCAAGGUGGUGCUGAUGGCAAGUGCCUGUACAUCGAUACGGAGGGCACAUUCAGGCCUGAACGCCUGCUGGCAAUAUGGAUUGAAGGGCGAUCGCGUGCUGGAAAACGUUGCCGUCGCAAGAGCCUAUAACUCUGAUCACCAAUCUGCACUUCUAAUACAAGCAUCUGCUAUGAUAUAUGCCUUGCUUAUUGUGGAUUCGGCAACGUCGCUGUAUCGAACCGAUUACUCUGGACGCGGAGAGCUCUCUGCUCGCCAAAUGCAUCUGGCCAGGUUUCUUCGAAAUCUUUUGCGGCUUGCCGACGAGUUUGGGAUCGCCGUCGUCAUAACGAACCAAGUUGUUGCUCAGGUUGAUGGCGCAAGUGCGAUGUUCAAUGCAGAUCCAAAAAAGCCGAUUGGCGGCAAUAUCAUGGCCCACGCAUCGACCACACGCUUGUAUUUACGCAAGGGACGGGGUGAGACGCGCAUCUGUAAGAUAUACGACUCGCCCUGCCUUCCAGAGUCGGAAGCGCUUUUUGCUAUCAGUGCAGAGGGUAUUAAUGACGCCUCUGAGUGA